UUCUUUUUUUUUAACACAAAAAAAGCUUUUGAAAGGGAGAUAGGGAGACAAAUGGAUUGAUUGAGUUUAGAGCAUUAGCAAACAAAGCAUGGCGUUGGCGUCAAAUUCAAUAUGGACAGUUGAGUUCCGUUUGCUUUCCAUUCACCCUUGUUCCCCCUCUUCCACCACCAAACGAACAAGAAUCCAUCGCUUUCGCAUCACAAAUGGAAUUCCCAAAGAAGUUCUUUCACGCACUCAACAGCUCAAACAACAUUGUAUCACUUCCGUUUCCCAAUUUCAUCGUCAACUUGUUACUUCCAUUCCAAUGCCGCAAUUUCUGGUGAAUAGAAAAAUUGGGAGCAAUUUACCGAUUUGGGCAUGUGUUGUUGCUGUCAUGAUUUUGGUUGCUUCUUUGAGGAGGAUUUUUUCCAGGAAAAAAGAACGGCCUGGUUCUGUAGCUGAUCUUGUUAGACGUGGUCAAUUGAGAUCGGAUAGAAGAGGCAUAUCUAGGGAUCCCAAAUAUGAAGAUCCAUUUGAUAAUCCCUUGGUCAAAGUUAGCAAAAACAAGUCAAGUGUAGAGAUGUGUGGAAAGGUUUACCGCUUAGCCCCCGUCACACUUACCCAAGAGGAACAGACAGUUCACCAGAGAAGGAGAUCGCGAGCGUAUCAGUGGAAGCGUCCCACAGUUUUCCUUAAGGAAGGAGACUCAGUUCCUCCGGAUGUUGAUCCCGAUACAAUCAGGUGGAUUCCUGCGAAUCAUCCCUUUGCGACCACUUCUACGGAUAUUGGCGAGGACUUUGCACACAAAAAUGUCAGUCAAAAGAGUGGAGUUCCUUUCCGUAUUCAAGCUGAACACGAGGCCCUGCAGAAAAAGCUUGAAGCCUUACAAAAUGAAGAGGAACUCAAUAAAGUAGUGAUAAAUCCUACCAAUGCUAAAGAAUCAGAGAGACCAUUCAAUUCGAAUGCCAAAUUAAAUGAUCAUGCAGAGAAGAGCUCUUUAAACAAUCAGAUGAAAGAUCCACCCUCUAAAUUAGAUAAUGGCCCAAAUCACUUUCCAUCCACACCCGAAGACCAAAAUCUUAAACUUUGAAUUUUCACUUGAGUAGUAGGCUAUAAAUUUCAAUACCAGUGCCAAAUAUAGAUUUCAAUUUGCAAAAAAAAUUUGUACUAUUAUCGGCGAGCAUUAGAACUAUCGGAUUGUAUAGCUGAAAAGUGAGGACUGUAAAUAUAAUUCUAUUGCUGUUUAGCGAA